AUGCCACGACCCCCAUCCUCCUUCUACAGCCAAGACGAGAGGACUCCCAACAACCUGGGCUACAAGCCAUUCGAGUACUGGAAAGGACCAAAGCCGGUGGUCUGGCCAUCGAUCCGCCAGCCCAACAACCACGGCCGAAAGCACUCGAGCUCGCGGCCCGCGGCCCGGGUCAGCGCAAAAGCUCACCCGGGCGGCGCAGUAAACUCGCUAAGGCAAUUUGAGCCAAUCCAGCCGUCGAAGCUGUACUCGGCGCAGCAAUUCGUGGCAUCCCUGCAGGCCGCGAAGCUCGCGGAUACGAAACACGACAGCCACACGCACGUGGAGUACGUCGGUAGCAGGGGUGACAUUGGCCAAUUCCGCGCGUCGGGAGACAUCAAGUCGGGCGGCAACAGCCCUUGGGAUGCUGACGACAAGGGGAAGCUCAGGCUGGCUGCGAUUCAGGAGUCAUCAAAAGGGUGGGCAGAGUCUCAUCCCGGCGACUACAAGACACCAUCUGGUGUACAAGUCUCCCACAAGGAACUCAGCCGGAGCCACUCCACACGCUCCAGCCCUCCAGACUACGCAGAUUUACCGCCACUGAACAUGAAGAAAGGCACGGGAAACCUCCCGCAGAGGUACUAUGGUGACGAGCGAGGCGACAAGUGGUGGGACUUCAAGACGUGGCGCAGGAGGACAUGGGCCAUCCUCGUCGCCAUCGUGGUGGUCAUCAUCAUCGUCAUCGUCAUCGUGGUGACGAUGCUGCAGAAGAACAACGCCUACCCCAACUACAAAAGAGUGGCGGAGCCGCUCAACCUAACCUACGCCAGCACGUCCUCGGCCGUGCUGCGUGUGGACACCUCGGUGGGCCCAUCGUCGUCCCCGGACGCCUCGACGGGUCGCUUCAGCGUGCGGGCGACGUCAAAGAAGCAGUACAACGCCGGCAGCAGCGCGGGGCUGUUCCUCUUCGACGUCAAGCACACGCCCUACGGCUGCGGGACCUGGCCGGCCCUGUGGCUGGCGGACCCUUCCAACUGGCCCGACAACGGCGAGAACGACGUCAUGGAGGCGACGAACCUCGCGGACGGCGGCAACGCCAUGACGCUGCACACGUCGCCGGGCUGCAGCAUGGACCACAAGCGCAAGAUGACGGGCUCCUCGACGCACUCCAACUGCGCGUCCAGCGGGACCAGCAACACCGGGUGCGGCGUGGACGGGUCCGUGGCCACGUACGGCGAGGAGUUCAACUCGAGCGGCGGCGGGAUCAUGGCCCUCGAGUGGCGCAGCGCCGGCAUCAGGAUGUGGCAGUUCGCACGGGGCAGCAUACCGUCCGACAUCACCGGCGGCUCCCCGGACCCGAGCACGUGGGGCACCGCGCUCGCCGAUUUCCCCGAGACGGGGUGUGACGUUGACAGCCACUUCCGCAACCAGUCCAUCAUCAUGAACAUCGACCUCUGUGGUGACCUAGCGGGCAACCUCUAUGGUGAUGCUAGCUGUCCGUCAAACUGCACUGAUUUCGUGGCCAACAAUCCAGAUAAUUCUACUCAUGCGUACUGGGAGGUGGGAAUCUUCCAGGUAUAUACGGCGUCUUGA